GCCCGGCCCGUUAGUCGCCCAUUGGCCGCCUAUUCCCUGGGCUUCUGCCUAGUACCUAUAAUGGGGAUUCUACCUCGACUUGUUCAGGGGUCGAUGGAGGAUAUAUAUCCCCCGUCUCUGCCCUUAACUCUGCAUCCGAAAGUCAAGCACCCGCCUGUCCCUUCAUUCACCCGCUUCGUGUUCUCUUUUCGUCCCUCGCUCGCUCAAUCUCACACACGCGUAACGCAGGAUCUUCGCCACGAUGCUCGCCGAACUUACCCUCGCCUCUCUCCUCGCCUCGCUUCCCCUGGCCCUCGCGGUCCCGGAGGUGACGGUCAAGGCCUUGCCUUCCGACUGCUCGUCCUUCCCGGGCUACAAUGCCGCAGCCAACACCGCCGGUCCGUGGACUGUCGAGCUGGCGAACAGCGAAAACGCCGCCAUCGAAAGCUUCAGCGACACGUCUGUAUACUCUAUCAAGUACGAUCCUAGGACCGACAGCAGGCCCACUCUGAGAUGGGGAUCUAUCACGUUCCCGACGCGCAACGACAUCGCCAAGAACCCCCUGAAGUGCGAAGCCGGCGUCCUCAAGGGAUGGGUGCCGACUGACCUCGCUACCACGGGGGCCCCUACCAGCUACCAGUGGAUCCCGUUGGUGUUUUCGCCCUACUCGUACGACGCGGCCCUGAUGUGGAAGAUUGACGGGGAGGCGCCCGAGAUUUUCGAACACUACAUCGGCGACGAGAAGCAGGACGGCGUGUUCCUCGGGUUCAACGGCAGCACGACGUGGGGCCUCAAAUACUACCCCCAGAACGCCGGGUCGAGCGGUCAAGACUACUACUACGCGCGACUCCUCGGCCCGAACAGCGCGGACCCGGCCACGGGUCAGCCUCUCAAGGCUAACGAGACCGUGGCCUUUGUCAAGAUUUCGGCUUAGGGCCCUGCUACCAGAAUCUCUUGAAGCGUAGCCCUGGCGUCUGUCCGUGUGUCGAAAGCCAAGAAAUACCUCCUCACGUAAGGGUUCUGGAGUUGGAGGCGAGUAGGACCUGAGGGAGUAGGGGACAUCUUUCACGCAUACUUCCCAUCGCGUCGGACCACGGUUGUACAGGGAGGGUUUCGGGAGAAGAAUACUGGAGACAUGGUGCACUUCCUUUCGCUAAGAGGUAGUCUUGACUUUCAGGGGCUGGUGGGUUUCGUACCUAUCGCCGACAGGACUCCUUGGACCUCCCUACUCUAUAUUGGACGCUGAAUUUCACGUCCUGAACUAUAAGAAUUCUACUUGAAUCUCUAACACGGUCUAGAAAAUAAAUGUUUCAUUUGGGGUUAGAUCACUUUUCCAAUUUGCUACUACAGAAAUUGAUUGUGAUGCCUAUCGAUGUCUAAUGGACAUCGUACUGUGGAAAACUACUACAGAUGUAGUCGGUGAUAUAGGGGUAGAUUACGUUAUCAUUUACGCGAAGGACGACCUGCUU